AUGCUCUUCUUCAGUUUCUUCAAGACUCUCAUCGACCAUGAGGUCACCGUGGAGCUCAAAAACGACAUCCAGCUCAAGGGCAUUCUGAAAAGCGUCGACCAGUAUCUCAACAUCAAGCUUGAUGACAUCCAAGUGGUGGAGGAGCUCAAGUAUCCUCACCUGAGCUCUGUCAAGAAUGUCUUCAUUCGUGGUUCUGUCGUGCGAUAUGUUCACCUCCCAGCGGCGUCGGUUGAUACGCAGCUGUUGGAGGAUGCUACCCGAAGAGAAGCUGCUGCACAGCAGGCCAAAGCGAAAUAACGGAUCUUUAGCGUGAGAUGUGAUUAUCAGCUAAGGAAGAAACAAUUUGAUGUUUGCUUGAGAUAGAAGGGGGAAAAAAAGAAAAAUUUAACACCUGUAUUCCUGGAUCGGAGCAACGGAGUGUGAUGGAAUUUACAUAUGAUGGAUGGUCACUGGGGUUGUUGCAGAUAUAAAGCAGUCAAUUGGCGUUUCUCAUGGCAUGGGCAACGGACCACCGGUUUUCUCACCAGCAUCACUUUGGACGUUUUAAUAAAGCUUUACAAUAUCC